UGGGCAAAUCAGAGCUGCCUCGUCGGGAAACGAUUUCAAGGAGGAAACGCAAGUGGAGCUCUGCACAUCGUCCAGAUUUCUUCGGUGGAAUUAAAAACGUUUUUACGUUUCGCGUGGGCUGAAGUCGCUUUCAGAAUGAAUACGAUGUGAAAAAUCGGUGGCUGGUUUGGUUUGACUCGUUAAUAAAUCAAGAGGAAGACAUAUUUAAAUCUUGAAUGAUUUCUUUUGGCUGUAGAUCCCCGAGCAAAGAUCGUUUUGGGGCUGCAGCAGAGAGAGGCCGAAGGAAAACACGGCAACGACCAUAUUUGCUAACCCGCUCAGCAUGAACCUCAUCGGUGGCUACCAGCAUCACCACCACCUGAUGCACGAACCCUUCCCCUUCGUCCAGCGGUGUCACCAGGAUGCGCCGUACUUCCAGAGCUGGGUGGUAAACCACGGCGAAGUGCCCCCUGAUUUCCAGAUUCAGGCGCCGUACCCGGCCGCGGAGCUGGGAGCGCCAGGAGCGACGCACGAUGCCCGGCUGGAGGGGCUCCAGGCCGGGAUGGGGAAGAGGAGAGCGUCGGGGCCGAAGAAGGAACGCCGGAGGACGGAAAGCAUCAACACAGCUUUCGCCGAGCUGAGGGAGUGCAUCCCUAACGUGCCGGCUGACACAAAACUGUCAAAAAUUAAAACUUUACGCCUGGCGACCAGUUACAUCGCGUAUCUGAUGGACGUCCUGGCCAAAGACUCCGGGGAGACGGAGGGCUUUAAGGCCGAAAUUAAGAAAUUUGAAAACCGGGAUUUGAAAAGAAAACGGGAGCUGACUGACGACCUGCAGGAGUCUUUAGGAUCCGAGAAGAAGGUGAAGGGCCGGACCGGGUGGCCGCAGCAGGUCUGGGCCCUGGAGCUCAACCAGUGACCUCCAUUUCUCCAUCCAAAAAUAAAUACAUAAAAUAAAGUAAACCUCCGCAGAGACUCUGGACACAAAUCAGAUUUAAAGUAAAAGAAACCACUGACUGAAACAGAGCACACCGCUGUGGACGUAAAGGCGCUGCGCAAAGAAAGAAAGAAACCGAAUGGACAACACGGGGAUAAAAGGUGGAGGCACGGUGGAGAACAGACAUCUUCUUUUCUCCUGGUGUGGUUUCUAAGCCGACUCACAAAUCUGACUGUAGGUGUUUGAUAUUUGUGGUAUUUCUGCUUUCUUUAUGUUUUCCAACCCUGCGGACCAGAUGUUGCGAUGGAGGGUGUCAAAAACACAUCUGUCUCCCUUUUAAAUCUGCGUUUAUCGGACGCUGUCUUCUCAUUUUAAGCAAAUGGAGCAUAAAAUGAAUAAAUUAUAAGAAAAAGGAGAAAUGAAGCCAUUUAAAUUUAAAUAUGUUUAUUUUAACUUCGAGCUGCAUCAGAAUCUUUUUUUUUUAUCGCGUUUCUGGUGCGAUUUACCAUUUUUGUUUUCAGAUCAGAGAAACAGGAGUUGAUUUCUCGGUGUUUGUAAUUUAUAGAUUUUUGUACAACCAGGAGGUAAUCAUAACUUUCAGUUCUGUGCGUGUUGGCGUGUUAGUCGUCACUUUUUCUUUUCUUUGAAUUGUUUUUUUAAAUUUAAUUACUUACCCUGAACUUACUGUACUCACUUUCAUUAAUGUAAACCAAAAACGUGUACAAAACAAGAACAGGGAAUAAUUACAUCAAAAUAAAAUUAAAAUGUGAUAUUAUCUUUUAAAUCAGGGAUAGAGUAAGUUCUGACAAAUUCAGAUGUUUUGCAGAUGUUUGGAUUUUAACAUGCUGGCCUCUCUUUAACAUGGGGAGUAAAGUUAAACUAAAGUGGCGCCGGAAGAAACACAUUUUUAAAGGGGAAACGCGUUUCUGUUGUCACUGUUUCGCCCCGCUGUAAUUUUUUAUUUUCAGGCAUUUUCGUCCCCUCCACGUUUUCCCAGCUCGCUCCUCUUCCAGCAGACCCUCCCGUGUGCGUGAACUCUCCACGCUGUUUUUUUUUUCUUGUCAGAAUCGUGUUGAAUUUGUUGAAUCUACCUCAAAUACUCUACAUGAUAUCAUUUUUCCGCUGGGAGAAGACACCGACUGUUCAGUUAACGCAACUUUAUUCAAUCCGUCUUGUAACGCGAAAAACCCAAAGGGAUAAACGUUUAUUAUUGUGCGCAGUGGUGAUGGAAAUGUGCAUUAGAUG